AUGGCCGAAACACCGGGUACACCGCCCAUCACGGCCGCCGCCAACCUGACCUUGACGACGAGUCCACCGCAAGUCGUCCCGGCGGUCGCGAUAGACCCCGCUCAGCAGGAUGAUCUUGUUGAAGCCGAUGAGGGAUUUGCCAGCGAUAGCGAUUCAUCGAUUGAUGAUAGAAUCUCAAGCUACACCGCGUCCCUGUCGUCGAGCGUCAUCGACUACCCGGAAGAGUAUGGUCGGCGCUACCACGCAUUCAGGCCGGGUUCGUACUCGUUUCCAAACGACGAGGUCGAGAUGGAGCGUCUCGACAUGGCCCACGCCAUGAUGGUGAGGGCGAUUGGGAGCAAGCUUUGGCUGGCGCCGCUGGUCAAGGACAAGGUCCAUCGCAUUCUGGACAUUGGCACGGGCACUGGAAUCUGGGCUGUUGAGAUUGGUGACAUUUUUGAGAACGCCGAGGUUAUCGGAAACGACUUGAGCGCCAUUCAACCAGAGUGGGUGCCCCCGAACGUCAAGUUUGAGAUUGACGAUGUCGAAAGCGAAUGGGUCGGCGUCAAAAAGUACGACUUCAUCAUGUGCCGAUACAUGGCCGCAUCCAUUCAAGACUGGCCGAAGCUGAUUGCCAAUAUUUACGACAACCUCAACCCGGGUGGCUGGGCCGAGUUCCAGGACAUGAGCACCGAAUACUACUCGGACGACGGCAGCUACACCCCAGAGCACGCAACCUACGAGUGGAACCAGACGUUUGUGUCAACGCUCGACAAAAUCGGCCGGGACCCCCGCCCCGGUCCCAAACUCGAGGGCUGGGUGCGCGGGCACGGCGGGUUCGAGCACGUGUCGCACCGCAAGUUCAAGACGCCCAUCGGGCCCUGGGCGCGGCACCGGCACUUCAAGGACCAGGGGUUGCUCAACCUCGCGCAGAUUCUCGAGGGGCUCGAGGGGUUCUCGUUGAAGUUGUUGUGUGGCGUGUUGGGGAGGAGCCGGGAGGAGGUGUUGGUGCAGCUUGCUGAGGUGAGGAGGGAGUUGAAGACGGGGGCGUUUCAUGCGUUGUUGGAUUUGCAUGUGGUUUAUGGGCAGAAGCCCGCUCUACCGGCUUCUACGGAGGCGACCGGUACUCAGAACAGCCCUAUCAACGAGGGGGUUGAUGAAAUGAUAUCUUUCCUCUUGGGGUUUUCUCACUUCGUGUCCUCUUACCGUGGAUAUUCCCGGAUGAUCAUCAGCAUAUGGACUGUCACUACCGAGAAAGAGAAAAGGCAAACAAGAGAGACUGGAAAAAUGUCGCUCUUUGGCAACUUUGACGUUGCGAAGCUGGCGUCGCAGCUGGGCAACUUCAAGAUCCCUGAUGACCCAGAGAUUAUCAACCAAGGCCACCAGGACUAUGGAUACAGCAACCACGGCUCCCACGGCGGCGGCUACGACGGCAGACCCCCCGCGGGCUACGCCGGCGGUCCGCAGCAGGGCGCCGACCAGUACAAGCGCGAGCAUCCCGCCGCCUUUGGCUCCAGCGACCCCACCCGCUCCGCCUACUCUGACCCCGUCUCCGAGGGGAGUGCCAUGUCGUCCGUCGCCGCUGGCGUAGCUGCUAGCGCCGCCACAGGUGCUUACGGCUCGGCACCGCAGUAUCCCUCUCCCCAUCCCGGUAGGUAUGGUGACUCGGGAACUUCGAGCCCGUAUCCUCCACAGCAGCAGCAGGGAUAUGGACGCCCUCCCUCACCGGGUUAUGGCAGACCUCCUUCAUCGGGCUACGGAAGACCUCCAUCUCCGCGACUGCCAGAGGGAUGGGUCAAGCGGUUUGACGAUAACAACAGACGAUGGUACUUUGUGAAUCAAGCGACUGGUACUUCUCAGUGGGAGGCCCCAGCGCCGUCACCGGUGGUGUCUCCUCCGCCAAUGUCACCGUCGGGUUAUGGAGGGUAUGGGGAUGCCCCUCGAUAUGGUGGACAUUCACCGCAGCCGGGGUACUCGCCUCAGCCUGGGUACGGAGGCCCGUCACCUCAACCAGGAUACGGCGGACCGUCACUACAGCCGGGAUACGGAGGUCACUCUCCGCAGCCCGGGUAUGGAGCCUACGCCGGUGGUGCGGCAGCUGCGGCAGCUGCGGCAGGAGCCGGGUACUAUGCAAGUCAGCAAUACGGACAGAGCCAAUCCCAUGGAUAUGAGCAGCCUCAACAGUACGGCCAGCCACAGCAACCCCAGUCCUACGGCCAGCCCUAUGGACAACAGCCUCAACAGCAGCAUGGGCAGCAGUACGAACAGGGGUAUGGCGGUGAAGAGAAGAAGAAGAAAAAGAAGAGCGGUAAUGGAAACAUGUUCCUCGGCGUGGCCGGUGGCCUCGCGGUGGGCGCGCUGGGAGGCGCGCUUAUCGCCAAUGUUCUGGGUAAUGAUGCCUCAUUUUCUCCGGAUCCCGCUCUGGAUGAUUUUCGAACAUGCAAACUGACGAUUUCCGCAGAUUCUGAUUCGGACCACGAACAGCACUACGAGCGUCAUUCGUCUUCGGGGUCCGAGGACCACUACCGCGGUCGCGAUGACAGCGAUCGGGAGUCAGAGAGGGAGGAGUACGAGGAGCGGGAGGAGUAUGGCGGCGACUACUACGACGAUUAG